AUGGGGCCACACCGCCUGUGUGCGCAGCUGGGCACCAUCACCUGCGGGCUCCUGCUGCUCCUCCUCCCAGGACAAGGCAAGGACUUCACCAGCCCCAUCAGGACUACGCACUCCGGGCAGGUGCAAGGAAGCCUGGUCCACGUGGAAGGCACCAAUGCGGGAGUCCACACAUUUCUAGGCAUUCCCUUUGCCAAGCCGCCUCUGGGACCACUGCGCUUUGCACCUCCUGAACCUGCCGAAGCUUGGAGUGGAGUGAGGGAUGGCACCUCCCAUCCAGCCAUGUGUCCACAAAACAUUGCUAUGAUGGAACAUGAUGUUAUGAACAUGACGUUGACACUACUGUCCAUUCCCAUGUCCGAGGACUGCCUGUACCUCAGCAUCUACGCGCCUGCCCAUGCCCGUGAGGGCUCCAAGCUGCCUGUCAUGGUAUGGAUCCACGGAGGUGCACUUGUUGUAGGCAUGGCUUCUAUGUAUGAUGGCUCUGCCCUGGCAGCCUUUGAGGAUGUGGUGGUGGUCACCAUCCAGUACCGCCUAGGAAUCCUGGGAUUCUUCAGCACUGGAGACCAGCAUGCCAGUGGCAACUGGGGCUACCUGGACCAAGUGGCUGCACUGCGCUGGGUGCAGCAGAACAUCGCCUACUUUGGAGGCAACCCUGACCGGGUCACCAUAUUUGGCGAGUCUGCUGGUGGUGUAAGCGUGUCCUCACACGUGCUAUCACCCAUGUCGCAAGGACUCUUCCAUGGAGCCAUCAUGGAGAGUGGAGUGGCCGUGCUGCCUGGAAUGAUCACCAGCUCAUCUGAGAUGAUCUCCUCAGUGGUGGCCAACCUGUCUGGCUGUGGCCAGGUGGACUCUGAGACCCUGGUGGACUGCUUGCGUGCCAAGAGUAAAGAGGAGAUAGUGGCGAUGACCAAGGCCUUCAUGAGCAUCUCCGCGGUGGUGGAUGGCAUCUUCCUGCCCAGACACCCCUAUGAGCUGCUGGCCUCUGCUGACUUCCAACCCGUCCCCAGCAUCAUUGGUGUCAACAACGAUGAGUAUGGUUGGGUCAUCCCCAAGGUCAUUGCUGCUGGAGAACCCCAGAAGGAAAUGGACAGAGCAGCCAUGGAGGCACUAAUACAUCAAACAUCUGAACAGUGGAUGUUGCCUCCUGCCAUAGAGGAGCAGCUGCUGGACGAGUAUCUGGGUGACAAUGAGGACCCCAAGACCCUCAUGACUCAGUUCCAGGAGAUGAUGGCCGAUGGCCUGUUCGUGAUGCCUUCACUCCAUGUCGCACAUUUUCAGCGUUCCCACGCCCCUGUCUACUUCUAUGAGUUCCAGCAUUCACCCAGCUUCAUGAAAGACUUCCGUCCACCCCACGUGAGGGCCGACCAUGGUGAUGAGCUUCUCUUUGUCUUCAGAUGCAUUUUCUUUGGGGGAAAAGUGACUCUCACUGAGGAGGAGGAGCUGCUGAGCAGGAGGAUGAUGAAGUACUGGGCCAACUUUGCUCGCACCGGGAACCCCAAUGGUGAGGGCCUGCCACAAUGGCCCGUCUUGGACCAGAAGGAGCAGUACCUGCAACUGAGGGUGCAGCCUACAGUGGGCCAGGCCCUGAAGUCCCACAGGCGCCAGCUCUGGGAUCAAACCCUGCCCCAGAAGAUGCAGGAGCUAAUGGGGGCUUUGCAGGGGCAUACAGAACUGUAGCUAUUGUGUCAAGAAGGGGGAUCCUUGCCCCACCCACUAAGGACUGUCACUCGCCUGCCCUCUUCCCCUCAGCACACCCUUGUGGAG